GUGAGCCGAUCGGGAUCUCGACUUGGCCUCACGAACUUAGGCUGGUCGCGAGAUCGCAAAGACUCUAGCAGGACAUGUGUCGACCAAGACCCAACGCGCUCCCGCACACCUAGCAUAUCACGUGCGCUUUGGGCUUGAGGCGGGUCAAAGUCAACAAGUGCCCUCGGGUCGUGUAGUGUUUUGAUUGGCUAGUCUUGCUCCUUAUGAAGCUACUCCCAUCCCAUUGCCUUCAGAUUGUGCCGGCCCCAGGGUCAGCAUCCGCCUGUAACGAUACCCUUCCCUGCUUCGAGGGGGCGAACGCAUAUUAUACUUGUGACCGCACGAACCCCUUCUCUGACAAACUUGCUGAAGUUGUGACCUAUGUCGUAUGAGCUUAGUAGCCAAACGCAGGAUGUACGAGCGAUAGGUGCGGGAUGCGGG